CCAUUAUCAGUGGGUGUAACUAAAAUGCGGAACGGAAAACCAAAAUAAUUACCUACGUUUGUAGUUUCGUUUUCAUUUCUAUUAAAUCAUCAUCAUCAUAAGAAUAAUGACCUAGAUGUUUAAGUUUUUCAACAGUCCGUUCAAACGUCCAGUAAGCAAACAGGAGAAAAUGCCUCAUUUCACUGACAAACCCUCACCAUUUUCCAAGAUCAUAAAGACGUUACAGGAAUACCUCGAUGAUCUGAAUUAUGAAAUCAACAAGUAUGAAUGUCCAAAAUGUGGGGCAGGACUAGUUUACGAUGAGGAUCCCCAUUCAUCAGGUGCAGGUAGGGAAUCCAGUGUAGACGGUGUUAAGGGCGCUAAGAAGUCUUCUGGGGAUGUUUACUCACGCAGUCACUCACCGGUAAAUCACAAAGAUUCCAAACCAACUGCAAAAGAGAAAAAAGGUAGAAAGGGUGAACGGGAAACAAAGGGUGAUCCUUCCUCUGAAGAUUACAAUAAGCUACUUGAGGAUGAAAAGGAGAAGUGUAAAGCUUUACAAGAAGUAAACACCAACUAUGCAUUACAGAUAACUGAACUAGAGAAAACCCUUUCUGAGAGGGUAUUGGAUGUAGAGAACCUUAACAGUCAGCUACAGGACGAAAAGAAAACAAUGGCGGAAAUAAUCGAAGAAAAAGAAAAUCUGAUAAGGGAAGUAAAUGAGAAACUUAGAGAAACCGAAGAAAAGAAAACAUGGCUGCAAAAAGAAAUGGAAAGUCUGAUGGACAUAGAAAAACGUCAUAGGACAGAUACAGAAAACUACAAGAAAACUAUCAAAGAAAACGAGACUCUUAUAGGCAAUUUAACAACCAAAGAUAGUAAACAAGAAAGAUCAAUUGAGGAAUUGCGAAGAAAGCUCGAAGGAAUGAAUGAAACUUUAGAAAAGAGACAAAGAGAUAAUGCUAACGAAGUUGAUAGUCUGAAGUGUAGUCAUAAGUCAUCUCUAGAAGUGAAAGACAAAGAAUUACGCACGCUUAAAGGAAUGAAUGAAACUUUAGAAAAGACACAAAAAGAAAAUGCAGACGAAAUUGAUAGGCUAAAGCGUAGACAUAUGUCAGCCCUAGAAGUAAAAGACAAAGAAUUACGCACGCUUAAAGAGAGGUGCACAGAACUGGAACGCCAUAUUGAAAAGAUUUCGAGAAAAGAAAUCGCUGUUGGAUUUUCUACCACUCUGGCCCCGUCCAUGUCUACUCUUCUGUUGGAUGGGCUGAUGACACAAUUAACACAACGUCUGACAGUGGAGGGUGUCGAUCUCGUGAGACGUCCGUUCUACGGAAAUACCGAUUUCAACUGCCCUCUGUUGGCCAUAUGUGUCAACGUUUCCAGAAUUGGAGCGGAUGCCAAAGAGGCUCUGAAGGGAGUAGUGAAAGUGGGAAAUCAGAAGGACGUUGUGUUAUUGGUGUUUCAUCACAAGGAAGCACACGCUCUCCCGAGUCAAUCAAGCGACAGACUUCUGACUGGAGCGGAAUUCAGCAAUCUUGGUACCAUUAUAGACCUGGCUUUCCUCUCCCAGAGAGGGAUUUACGAAUGUGACAUGAACAUGAUGGGCAUCGAACGGAUUGUCUCCUUCUUACUUCAGUAUAAAUCACAAAAACAAUAGCUCUCCUGAAAAGUUGAAUACACAUUAGUUGUUAUAUAACUUCGCAUUUCUUACGUCUCCAAAACUAUUGAACUCAUUUUAGCCAAAUUUGGCAUACAAUAUUCUAGCAUGAAGAGGAUCGUAUUUCACCGAAUGAAGGGUCAUGGUCCCGAACAAAUCUGUUCGGAAAAUAGUGAAAUUAAGGCGGGAUAUUUAAAAAUCAUUUUAAGGUACAUUCUGGCAGAAAAAUCAAUACGUGUUUCUUUUUCAUUGUGAAUGUUUAUGUAUUUUGAAAUCACGACCCCAAGGGCUUAGGCGGGGCCAUAAUUCGGAUAUAAAGUUUUAGAGGUAAAGGUAAAGAUAACGAACAGUAUAUCGAUCUCCUAAAUCCUAUAAAGAAUACAAAUUUAGAUGUAGGGCAAAAUAGACAGUGCUUCUUAAGAACAAUAGGACCACUGUCUGUCAACUUAACAAUGAAGAAUCCUUAUGUAAUGUAAAUACACGUUUGUGGUAUACAAAACUUCAGACACCAGGUUGGGAUCACAGUUGAGGUUUAAAACUUUACAUAAGAAUAUUUUUUUUAAAUAAAUGCAGUACUCGUUUAAUGUAAAAUGUUUAAUGUUAAAUGUAAGAUAUAAAAGAAAAUUAUCAUUUGCUACAUAUGGAAACUGCAAUACAUAAUUAAUACUUCCUUAGUUUACAUUUGAUCACUGUUCGUUAUUUCCACCUCUUUCAGCAUAAGUAAUAUUGAAUCUUUUAAUGCGUAAUUGUAAGUAAAAUUCUAAGUAAAAUACAAAAUUAGGUCUUUUUACCAUCAGAGUCGAUAGAAUUUCAUAAUUAAUGGACACCGUUCCUAACUUGUCAAUUGAACUGGUAUUUCAUGUCAAUUGAAAUAUAUUUUCUUGUGUAAAAAUGUUGUAAAACAUUGCUUAAAGAGACACUACAGCUCAUUUUGCGCAAAAAUCAUGAAAUGACAAUUUUCCUAGCGCUUUCUCAAUUUUUGUUGUAUUGUUGAAAGUAUGAACUUUGCGAAAAUAACACUUAUCUAAAGUUAAAAAUUAUCGUUUUAACGUAAAAAUUAAUACUUUUUGAUGGCCUAUACAAAAAAUAUCGAGUCUCCUCCUUUCAGUCUUCAGACGCAUGCGCAUAGACAGUAAACAGUGCAGCAUGUCGUCCAGUGAGAGAAAGUGUAGUUGAUAGAUCUAGAAUUUUGACAGAUUCUGUGAGAAAAGAGGUAAAAAUAGAAUGAGAUAAAACUCAUACGUGAAAUAAAAUUUACCUUGGUAUCAGUUUGACCGUUGGAAAACAAAGAGCUCGGAGAAACCCAUGUAACUCAGUGGCGGAUCUAGGAUUUCUGAAGGGGGUGUGAAAGUCAAAGAUUAGCCACAGUAAUCGGCCAUUCUGGUGCAAAAUUUGGAUUUUCAUUCACAAUUUGUGGCGUAAAAGGGGAGGGGGGAUCCUGCCCCCCCCCCCCCCCUCCUUAAAUCUGCCAUUGAGAUUAGCUGCGAAGACACUACUUUUAAAAGUAAGUGUUAUUUUUAUCUGAACACGACACGUGUUAGUUGUAAAAACAUCGGUCAAUGGGAACAUGGAAGGGUUUCUGUUGAAAUAAUGAUUUAUAUAAUUAGUUAUUUUAAGGAGCAGGGAAUACUCUUAUACUUGAAAGGUGAGUGUGGACCCCCUUGAAGGGGAAUUUAAAUAAUUUCCUACGCAACACCUUUGCUGUCAUUCAAAACCACGUGAUGUAAAUAAGCAUUCAAAAGUCCGAGUCAGAAUGAAGAAACCUUUGAAUUCCGAACGAUCUUCAAAGCGCAGUUGAGAGUAAAUUGAUGCAUCCCAAUUGUUCAAAAUUGUCAGUAUCGAUAUGAAUGUUAUCAUUUUAUCAAUACAUGUUUUAAAAAACACUUUAUUAAAAUGUGGAAAAUGAGCUGUAGUGUCUCUUUAAAAAAGAUAUAUGUACAUGUACUUCCUUUCCUUUACAAAGUAAAUGUAAUUUGAUUUUUUUAUGAAGCAGGCAGUUGGAAGAGUCUAGUUGGUUUUUUAUGUUAUUUUAUGGUAUUGUAAUACAUACCACUUUCUAAUCUCUCUCCUUGUCACAGAUUACAAUCAUGACAGGUGUAGAGCGUUACAAAAUUUUUCAUCAAUGAGUUUUAAAAAAGAAAAUUGAUAGGACUUAUCUAAGUGUUUCCUGUCGUUCAUUCCCACUCAUUAAUUGUAAUUGUUCAGUCUAGUAGAAUGUGGGCGGAAAUAAGAGAUGAAAUAUGUAAGAUUGUUUGUGCUUUAACUUUUGUGAGGAUAUCUGUUUGAAUUAGAUUUGUAUCUUUCAUUCUUCAAUAUAUGAGUACUUGUUUUUAUCAAUUAGUAGUCGUUAUGAUACCCAAUAGAAUGUGGAUAAUUAUGGGAUAGAAAUGAAUGUCAUACUGUU